UUUGUUAUGGUAAUGUUUACUAUAUUUUAUAGUGUUAACGCAAUGACGCAGAUUUGAAUGUUUGAAUUAACUAAAAAAUAUAGUUAAAAUAGUUUACUAAUAUUAAUAGUUAAAAAGACUAUAAAAUUAAGUAUAAUGUAUACUUUGUGUUAAAUAAUAUUGUUCGGGAAAAAUACGAUUUCCAAUUAGUAAUCAAUUCAUUUAAAGACGUUUACAGUAACUGUUAAGUCGUUAAAUAGUCUGGGUUAGAAAUUCGCGUUGUCCGGAGAAAAUGGUUCAAUUUUGACAAUUUUAAACGAACUAUUCUAACAGUACCUGUUAUAUACUCAUUAAUAAUCAAUAUAUACCUCCGAUGAGCUUUCUUUGAAACGUUAAUGAUUUAGGCAUUUAGCUAAUAGUCGUCUGGAUUUUACACGAGUGAAUGUUACGAAAACAUUUAAUACCUAUUACACCAAGGCAUUCGAUACUAGAGCUUACGCGGUAUGAAGAUAAAAUGUACUACGAAUUCAAAGAUUAUAACGUUGCAGUUCGGCAAGUACGCGAUUCUUGAUAUUAGGUAGGUAUUAGAAUAGAACUAUUAGAAUCGUAUCUAUAUAUUGCAAUUUGCAAACGAUUAUUGCAAACGAACCAGUGGCCAUGACUGCGCGAUGGUCCACCUGUGGUUACCACUCAUCUGUCGUCACUCGUCAGUCAUCACUAUUUAAUCAAGUCAACAGUAAACAGUGAAACAGUGACAUAGUUGAAUAGAAACACCGAGAAGUUCACAGUUCUACAAAAUAGCGAUAUUUUUUGAAGUUAAGACGGUAAGUUUUGAUUUAUGCAAAAUAAUAUUAAGUAGGUAACUACACAGUUGAUUAUAUUUUUAAAGUUUUUGUUUCAUUAUUCAAAUUCAAAUUGAUUUUAAAUUAAGUUAUGAUGUAUUAAGCAUUGGAUAAGGUUUAUUGCUACCAAUCAUACAAUUUUAGAGAGUAAAUUAUUUUACAAUAACCGCAGAUUUUACCAUCAAUCUCAAUUCUAUUUCAUUUUUAUACCACUAACUAUUUACCGAUUUAUCUGCAACAUCAAAUAUGUCCUACGACCUACACUCUCCACGAUUCCAAUUAUUCUGUCUCACUUUCAAUAAAGUUACUACUAAAUGUCUAAAUAAUACGCCUCUAUUCAAAAAAAUUAAAUGUGACUACAAUACAUAUUAUAUAAAGGUAAAGGAUGUAUCUAUUUAAAAAGUAUUAUAUAAUUGGUAGGUAGUAGGUACCUAAGGUACCUUUGCCCUUUGUUAUUAAACAUCGAGACCUACCUAAGUUAUAAUAUAAUAUUUUAUUUUUCUUAAAAUAUUUUAAUCUAUCACAUAGGAAAUAUUUUCAUACUCAAUAUUCUUUAUUAUUUAAUUAUUUUAAAAUAUUCUUAACCAAUUCAUAUAAAUAUAAAUGUUGUACAACACUACUACACUAGGUAAUAAUUUGACUGUAAAUUUUUAUAAUGUCUGUUAUACGUAAAACGUGCAUUAUGUAAACAUAUUUAGUAUAUGUAUACUAUAUUUUAGCAUAUUAUAAUAUAUGACAAGUAAUUUGUUUUGCCAAUGUAUUAUUUCAUAUAUUUAGAUAUGGAUGAAUUCACAAAAAAUUGGUUAAAUAACGUGGGGCUUAAACAUUUGGUCAAUAAGUUUGAAGAAGAAGAAAUUAAUGAAACUAAUUUGUUGUUGCUGACGGAAUCAUUGUUAGUUAAUUUAAUUCCAAAAAUGGGUCAAAGGGCUUUGAUAAUAAAUGAGUUGGAAAAAUUAAAAAAAUCAAAUGAAGCUACCCAAUUUGAAAACAUAACGCCAAUAACAAUUGAAUCAUUGAUGAAUAUGGGUAUUGUUAUACAAGAAAAAGAUUUAAUAUACACUCCAGAUCCUUUGAAGACAGUUGUAAUAGACGAUACUACAAACAAAUCGGAUAUAUUAAAACCAAGUAUUUUUGAUGUGUCAGAUGCUGAAGGUUCUGCAGAUAGUGAGCAACCCAUAGAUGGAAAUUCUAUUAUAGACAAUUUCAUUAAAACAAUAUUGGAACAAUACCAAGAUGGUCUCUUUAUCCUCCAACAUUAUGUUUCAAAUAGAUGUUUAAAUUCUAAAAUGAGAAAUAGACUUUGUGGAGUGUUAAUUAAGCAUGAAUUAUUCAAAUCUGAAGGGACAAAUAGAAUUGAUUCGCUACAAUUUUCAAAAAUUGCAAAAGGUAUAGAAGAAUUAUUCCCUUCAGAAACCCAACACGUUUAUUUUAUUCCUUAUUACAAAGAAGGAAAUAAAGUUAGCCCUAAUAGAGGGAAACUUUAUGAUAAGUAUUGCAAUAUAAAAAAGAAAUAAGAAAAAUCAGAACACAAAAUAUUAAACCUUGUGAUAAUGAAGUUUUCUCAAACGUAGAAGAUAUUUUAGAUUCACUUGUAUGGUU